AUGUCAGCCUCUGUGGAACCAUCGCCGGUGCCGCCGCGCCGCCACCCUGACGGCAGCCGUUCUCCCUCACGUCCAGGCUACAGCUCCGCGGCGGACACCGACCUGGAUGACUCGAUGUCGCGCUCCUACCACUACGCCCGCACAUCGAGCACCGCCUCGCGCGCGAGCAGCAGCUUCAGCGCUUCCACGGCGAACACCGAGGGAAUGGGCCGCGACGAGCUCCGCAUGGAACUGGACGUCAGCCGCGAACGCAUCCAGGAACUGGAGCGCGCCUACGAAGACCUGGAGCGUCGCUCCGAGUUUCAGCUUGGCUCGUUGCGAUCCGAGCUGGAGGCGACCAGAGACGUGACCCCGAUGGUCGCCGCCGUGGAGGCGGAGAGGCAGACCAUGAGUGAGAAACUCGAGGCGGUAAAGCAGAAGUAUCGUGGAGUGCUGACAGAGACCCUGUCGCUGAAAGAUCAGCUCGCCGCUGCCGAAGCCGUUGCUGCGAAGGUCGUCGCCGUGGAGGCGGAGAGGCAGGAGGAGAGGCAGGCGCUGAACGCCGAGCUGGAGGCGAUGAAGCAGAGUGCCGCCGCUGCCCAGUCCGAGAACCAGGCGCUGAAGGACCAGCUCGCUGCUGCCGAGGCCGCGCACGCCGAAGCCGUUGCUGCGAAGGUCGUCGCCGUGGAGGCGGAGAGGCAGGAGGAGAGGCAGGCGCUGAACGCCGAGCUGGAGGCGAUGAAGCAGAGUGCCGCCGCUGCUCAGUCCGAGAACCAGGCGCUGAAGGACCAGCUCGCUGCUGCCGAGGCCGCGCACGCCGAAGCCGUUGCUGCGAAGGUCGUCGCCGUGGAGGCGGAGAGGCAGGAGGAGAGGCAGGCGCUGGGCGCCGAGCUGGAGGCGAUGAAGCAGAGUGCCGCCGCUGCCCAGUCCGAGAACCAGGCGCUGAAGGACCAGCUCGCUGCUGCCGAGGCCGCGCACGCCGAAGCCGUUGCUGCAAAGGUCGUCGCCGUGGAGGCGGAGAGGCAGGAGGAGAGGCAGGCGCUGAACGCCGAGCUGGAGGCGAUGAAGCAGAGUGCCGCCGCUGCCCAGUCCGAGAACCAGGCGCUGAAGGACCAGCUCGCUGCUGCCGAGGCCGCGCACGCCGAAGCCGUUGCUGCAAAGGUCGUCGCCGUGGAGGCGGAGAGGCAGGAGGAGAGGCAGGCGCUGGGCGCCGAGCUGGAGGCGAUGAAGCAGAGUGCCGCCGCUGCUCAGUCCGAGAACCAGGCGCUGAAGGACCAGCUCGCUGCUGCCGAGGCCGCGCACGCCGAAGCCGUUGCUGCGAAGGUCGUCGCCGUGGAGGCGGAGAGGCAGGAGGAGAGGCAGGCGCUGAACGCCGAGCUGGAGGCGAUGAAGCAGAGUGCCGCCGCUGCCCAGUCCGAGAACCAGGCGCUGAAGGACCAGCUCGCUGCUGCCGAGGCCGCGCACGCCGAAGCCGUUGCUGCAAAGGUCGUCGCCGUGGAGGCGGAGAGGCAGGAGGGAGGCAGGCGCUGA